GGCUGCCUCACUCCAAUGGGCGGUGCCGGAGCGACCUGAUGUUCCCGACCGCCCGUGCGUCGGCGGUGGUUGGGUGGUAAGAUGGCGGCUGUGAGUCUGCGGCUCGGCGAUUUGGUGUGGGGGAAACUCGGCCGGUAUCCUCCUUGGCCGGGAAAGAUUGUUAACCCGCCCAAGGACUUAAAGAAACCACGUGGGAAGAAAUGCUUCUUUGUAAAGUUUUUUGGAACAGAAGAUCAUGCCUGGAUCAAAGUGGAACAGCUCAAGCCGUAUCAUGCACAUAAGGAGGAAAUGAUCAAGAUCAACAAGGGGAAGCGAUUCCAGCAGGCUGUGGACGCGGUGGAGGAGUUCCUCAGGAGAGCCAAAGGGAAGGACCAGACGUCAUCCCACAGUUCUGCUGAUGACAAGAAUCGGCGUAAUUCCAGUGAGGAGAGAAGUAGGCCAAUCUCAGGUGAUGAGAAGCGCAAGCUUAGCCUGUCUGAAGGGAAGGUGAAGAAGAACAUGGGAGAAGGAAAGAAGAGGGUGCCUUCAGGCUCCUCAGAGCGAGGCUCCAAGUCCCCUCUGAAGAGAGCCCAGGAGCAGAGUCCCCGGAAGCGGGGUCGGCCCCCCAAGGACGAGAAGGACCUCAGCAUCCCUGAGUCCAGUACUGUGAAGGGGAUGAUGGCUGGACCCAUGGCCACAUUUAAAUGGCAGCCGAACGUGAGCGAGCCUGUUAAAGAUGCAGACCCUCAUUUCCAUCACUUCCUGCUCAGCCAAACUGAGAAGCCAGCUGUCUGUUACCAGGCAAUCACAAAGAAGUUGAAAAUAUGUGAAGAGGAGACGGGGUCCACCUCCAUCCAGGCCGCAGACAGCACGGCAGUGAAUGGCAGUGUCACACCCACAGACAAAAAGAUAGGAUUUUUGGGCCUUGGCCUCAUGGGAAGUGGCAUCGUCUCCAACUUGCUAAAAAUGGGUCACACGGUGACGGUCUGGAACCGGACUGCAGAGAAAUGUGAUUUGUUCAUCCAGGAGGGGGCCCGCCUAGGAAGAACCCCCGCUGAAGUCGUUUCAACUUGUGACAUCACCUUUGCCUGCGUGUCGGACCCAAAGGCAGCCAAGGACCUGGUGCUGGGCCCCAGUGGCGUGCUUCAGGGGAUCCGCCCCGGGAAGUGCUAUGUGGACAUGUCAACGGUGGAUGCUGACACAGUCACCGAGCUGGCCCAGGUGAUUGUGUCCAGGGGGGGCCGCUUUCUGGAAGCCCCGGUCUCAGGGAAUCAGCAGCUGUCUAAUGAUGGGAUGUUGGUGAUCUUAGCGGCCGGAGACAGGGGCUUGUAUGAGGACUGCAGCAGCUGCUUCCAGGCAAUGGGGAAGACCUCCUUCUUUCUAGGUGAGGUUGGCAACGCAGCUAAGAUGAUGCUGAUUGUGAACAUGGUCCAGGGGAGCUUCAUGGCCACCAUUGCAGAGGGGCUCACCCUGGCCCAAGUGACAGGCCAGUCCCAGCAGACACUCUUGGACAUCCUCAAUCAGGGACAGUUGGCCAGCAUCUUCCUGGACCAGAAGUGCCAAAAUAUCCUGCAAGGAAACUUUAAGCCCGAUUUCUACCUGAAAUACAUUCAGAAGGAUCUCCGUUUAGCCAUUGCGCUAGGUGAUGCCGUCAACCAUCCGACCCCCAUGGCAGCUGCAGCCAAUGAGGUGUACAAAAGAGCCAAGGCACUGGACCAGUCUGACAAUGACAUGUCUGCCGUGUACCGAGCCUAUAUACACUAAGUCCUUGACCCCACCCCACCCCCAUCUACCCUCUGAACCCCUCUUCCUCACAUGGAGUUGGGGUCCUGGGACUAACUCUGGACCAGUCCACCUGUCUCCAUCUCCUUUUAUACAGACUUUGAGACUUGCCAUGAGCACAGCACACAGCAUCGCUCCUCGCCUGGAGGUCCUGGAGAGAGGAGGGGUGUCAGCAGGAGUGGCCUGUGGGAAGGCUCUUGAGCUGGGCACUGGCCAUGGACUCGGUGGCUGUGUGUUCUCACACACACACACCCCCUACACACACACACCACACACUGGCUCUUGCCCCAGGAUAGAAGCUGCCCAGAAACUGCUGCCUGGCUUUUUUGUUUUCCCUUCUUCCGAGCUGUCUUAUCUCAGACCCUUCCAGUUGAGGAACUCGAGUCAGCAGUGAGAACUGGAAGCUUUCCCACUGCUUCCCUCAGAGCGAAGAGGCUGUGGUUCUGUCCACUGUCCCCCACUGGAUUCCACACGGAGAGAGGCUCUAGGCUACGAUGAGCCAGCAAGACUCUUAAGCAGAGGGUCGCAUGGCCCCUCCAACCUCAGGUGACCCGCUGAUGAGGAUUGUCAUGUUUAAGCUACCAGUGUGCAACCAACUCUCCAUAAAUGCCUUUGUGAGCUGAGAAGAGAUGGACACAGUCAAGCAAAGACAGAGCUCUGGCUUUCCAGGGAAAGCGACACACAGCCCACCCUAGGCAGAUCUCCUGGAAGCCCGCUCUCCUCAGUGCUUCUGCGUACCUGUCGCAGAAGUCUCUGUCACUGUGGAGCCUGAGGGGCUGAUCUGACUUCCUCACCAGGCUGCUGUAGUAUUGGAUUUGCAUUCCAGCCCUUGGGAAGCGGUCCUGAGGGCACCCACUGAGGAGUGAAUGGGGGAAGAGGGUUCCUUCCUGUUUCCGUUAUGCUGUAGACCUUCCACCUGGUUCUGGAGAGCCGCUGUGACCCAGGUCCCCUCACAGCAGUCCCCCUUCUCCAGCCCGUCUCUGCGCAAGUCCUCUGUGCCCUCCCCUCUCCAUCCGCCUCCCGCCCCCCUUUCCUCCAUGGAGACAGUAUUUCAUUCUGUCCGUUCCUCCUUUGGCCCAUACCCAGCCUGACCAAUGACGACUAUUUCUUAGGCUCAGCUCUUGAAACAGGAAUGAGUGUCUUCACUUAAGCCAGCAGCUUGGUCUUCGGUGCUUUCAGGGCCCUGGGGUCUGUAAGGAGAGAAGAGGAGAUCUAGGCUUGACGUUACCAGAGCUCACUGACCCUCAGAGGUGGAUCUAAGCAUUUCUCCUUGGAUAGGGGACCAGAGGGGCUUGGAACGUGGCAUGAGAACAAGGAGAAGUCCCCUAAAGGAUGUCAGUGUUCUGUCCCCCUGCUUGGGUUGGAUUCUCCGAAGUCAGGCUGUGCGGAAGGUCGGCGUUUGCAGUGAACACAGUGAUAAACACAGUUAGAGGUGGCCACGCUGCUGUGUGCCCCUCCGCCUCGCAGCUGUGGCCCUUUUCCACUGAUCGGAACCCAGGAUGGGGGAUCUCAGAAAACAUGGGGGGGAGGGCGGGGGAGAGGCCUGUGGUUUUUGACACAGUUGUUCAUUUCACUGGGAUUUUGAAUUCUUUUCUGUCUGAACACAAAGCCUGUCCUAGUCCUAGGGGGACACUGGGGGGUGGGGGUGAGGGGAAGAUGCUGUAAUGAAACUGGUUAGUCAAUGUUGUCUUAAUAUUGUUGACAAUUCUGUAAAGUUCCUUUUUAUGAAUAUUUCUGUUUAAGCUAUUUCACCUUUGUUUUGAAAUCCUUCCCUCUUACGGAGAAAAUGUGACACUUGUGAAAAAGCUUGUAAGAAAGCCCCUCCUCCACCCCCCCUUUUUUUUCCUUUAAACCUUUAAAUGACAAAUCUUCUAGGUAAUUAAGGUUGUGAAUUUUUAUUUUUGCUUUGUUUUUAAUGAACAUUUGUCUUUCAGAAUAGGAUUGUGUGAUAAUGUUUAAAUGGCAAAAACAUGAUUUUGUGCAAUUAACAAAAAGCUACUGCAAGCAAAAUAAAAGCGUUUCUUGGUAACACAA